AUGGCCGACGCCAAGAAGUUACUGGUGAAAGAAAUGGAGUAUGUGAAACAGAGAAUAGGACAUGGUGAUUUACCGCUAGAGUCUUACUCUAAAGUAUGGAAUGAGUGUUAUGCACAGGUGAGCGAUUGCCUAGAAGUAAUAUUUCAACUUCGACUAUGAGGACUGGAUUAGAUUUCAAAUCCGCGCGCAAUUUUAUCCAGUCCGAGGCGAAGCCAAGAUCAAAAUGCGAGAAGUUGAAAUCUAGUCCAGUCCGAAUUGGAUGAUUUGAAAUGACAUCUCAUAUGAAUAAAUCACUACUUAGACUGAUUUAAUUCCGAUCCAGUCCUAGGACUGGAUGAAUAUACUUCACACCAGGCAUCCAGUAUUAUCAUGUAAGCAAAAUAAAGCAAUAUGGUUGGCUAAUUUUCUCAUGAAUUAUUAAUGGUUUGAGAUAAUACAAUUUCUUUUACUGGCAGCAAAAUACCAUCAACUGCUAAACUUGACCAUUAUUUGCUGUCGUUGACUGAAGCCCACCUAUUCCCAAUUUCUUAUCUCGAAAGGAAUGAGAAGGUAGUCUUGAGCAGCAUAUAAUUAGUAUGUCAUUUGUUCCAAUUAUUUUCCCCACUAGGUCAUGUUUUUGCCGUCGCAAAAGCGAUACACAAGAGCUGCGUUGGCCAGUAAGAAAGAUAGACUGGAAUCACUUGAAAAACAUCUUGAGGUAAAGUUUCGGUCAGCAAACUUUUCAGUGCACAUAAUCAGAUUAACAUCAUCUUAAAUAAUUUCACCUGACCUGAGUACAUACACCACUACAUCAGAACAGGUUAUUCUAUAUCACGAAGUUAAUAUUUUUCUGUCCCUAGCUCAAUCGCUCGCAAAUGGCUCAAGAUGCGAAGAAGGCUUCGAGAAUAGAAAAGAAAUUGAAAGUUCUUUUAGGAGGAUACCAGGUAAACGAGGCCCACCCAAAACACCCGCUUUGCAGGCUAGUAGGUAUUCUCUGAUUAUAAUUCUGUGUCAUUUUUCGUUCAGUCUCGCGCUGUUGGUUUGGUCAAGCAAUUAUCAGAUGUUCAUGAUCAAGUGGAGCAAGCUUAUGUCGAGAAAAGAACUUUUGAAGAACUAAGGAAUCAGGAAACAAAUUCAAUACCGAAACGAUUACAGGUAUGCAUUGUGGCUCAGUUGGUUAGAGCGCUGUUUCGAGUAAUCGCCAACAAAAUCUUGAUAUUUACCCAUACACCGUACAUUGGCAUCGCCUUAGUACCAAAACAUGAACUUGUGGUUAGAGCUCGACAACUGUCUCUCUGUAGCUCAGCUGGUUAGAGCUCGACAACUGUCUCUCUGUAGCUCAGCUGGUUAGAGCUCGACAACUGUCUCUCUGUAGCUCAGUUGGUUAGAGCUGGACAACUGUCUCUCUGUAGCUCAGCUGGUUAGAGCUCGACAACUGUCUCUCUGUAGCUCAGCUGGUUAGAGCUCGACAACUGUCUCUCUGUAGCUCAGCUGGUUAGAGUUCGACAACUGUCUCUCUGUAGCUCAGCUGGUUAGAGCUCGACAACUGUCUCUCUGUAGCUCAGCUGGUUAGAGCUCAACAACUGUCUCUCUGUAGCUCAGUUGGUUAGAGCUCGACAACUGUCUCUCUGUAGCUCAGUUGGUUAGAGCUGACAACUGUCUCUCUGUAGCUCAGUUGGUUAGAGCUCGACAACUGUCUCUCUGUAGCUCAGCUGGUUAGAGCUCGACAACUGUCUCUCUGUAGCUCAGCUGGUUAGAGCUCGACAACUGUCUCUCUGUAGCUCAGUUGGUUAGAGCUGGACAACUGUCUCUCUGUAGCUCAGCUGGUUAGAGCUCGACAACUGUCUCUCUGUAGCUCAGCUGGUUAGAGCUCGACAACUGUCUCUCUGUAGCUCAGCUGGUUAGAGUUCGACAACUGUCUCUCUGUAGCUCAGCUGGUUAGAGCUCGACAACUGUCUCUCUGUAGCUCAGCUGGUUAGAGCUCAACAACUGUCUCUCUGUAGCUCAGUUGGUUAGAGCUGGACAACUGUCUCUCUGUAGCUCAGUUGGUUAGAGCUGGACAACUGUCUCUCUGUAGCUCAGUUGGUUAGAGCUGGACAACUGUCUCUCUGUAGCUCAGUUGGUUAGAGCUUGACAACUGUCUCUCUGUAGCUCAGUUGGUUAGAGCUCGACAACUGUCUCUCUGUAGCUCAGUUGGUUAGAGCUGGACAACUGUCUCUCUGUAGCUCAGUUGGUUAGAGCUGGACAACUGUCUCUCUGUAGCUCAGUUGGUUAGAGCUCGACAACUGUCUCUCUGUAGCUCAGUUGGUUAGAGCUCGACAACUGUCUCUCUGUAGCUCAGUUGGUUAGAGCUCGACAACUGUCUCUCUGUAGCUCAGUUGGUUAGAGCUCGACAACUGUCUGUCUGUAGCUCAGUUGGUUAGAGCUCGACAACUGUCUCUCUGUAGUUCAGUUGGUUAGAGCUCGACAACUGUCUCUCUGUAGCUCAGUUGGUUAGAGCUCGACAACUGUCUCUCUGUAGUUCAGUUGGUUAGAGCUCGACAACUGUCUCUCUGUAGUUCAGUUGGUUAGAGCUCGACAACUGUCUCUCUGUAGUUCAGUUGGUUAGAGCUCGACAACUGUCUCUCUGUAGUUCAGUUGGUUAGAGCUCGACAACUCUCUCUCUGUAGUUCAGUUGGUUAGAGCUCGACAACUGUCUCUCUGUAGUUCAGUUGGUUAGAGCUCGACAACUGUCUCUCUGUAGCUCAGUUGGUUAGAGCUCGACAACUGUCUCUCUGUAGCUCAGUUGGUUAGAGCUCGACAACUGUCUCUCUGUAGCUCAGUUGGUUAGAGCUCGACAACUGUCUCUCUGUAGCUCAGUUGGUUAGAGCUCGACAACUGUCUCUCUGUAGCUCAGUUGGUUAGAGCUCGACAACUGUCUCUCUGUAGCUCAGUUGGUUAGAGAGCUUGACAACUGUCUCUCUGUAGCUCAGUUGGUUAGAGCUUGACAGCUGUCUCUCUGUAGCUCAGUUGGUUAGAGCUUGACAACUGUCUCUCUGUAGUUCAGUUGGUUAGAGCUCUACAACUGUCUCUCUGUAGCUCAGUUGGUUAGAGAGCUUGACACUGUCUCUCUGUAGCUCAGUUGGUUAGAGCUGACAACUGUCUCUCUGUAGUCAGUUGUUAGAGCUUGACACUGUCUCUCUGUAGUCAGUUGGUUAGAGCUACAACUGUCUCUCUGUAGUUCAGUUGUUAGAGCUUGACAACUGUCUCUCUGUAGUUCGUUGGUUAGAGCUUGACAACUGUCUCUCUGUAGUCAGUUGAUUAGAGCUUGACAACUGUCUCUCUGUAGUUCAGUUGAUUAGAGCUUGACAACUGUCUCUCUGUAGUUCAGUUGGUUAGAGCACUGCACCGGAAUCGCAGGUUCGAUUCCUGCCAGAGGGCCAAUGCAUAUUUUAAGGAAUUUACGCUGGAGGGCCAUUAUGCACAAAAGGGCCCGACGAGCGACAUGAGGCGCGAACGAUGUAGGGGGGGGGGUAUCUUCCCCCGGGAAAAUUUUGAAAACUGAAGUCUCGGAAAUACCAUUUUAUAAUGCCAAUUUAUGACGAAAGUUCCUAACUAUUCAGGCAAAAUUGGGUCAAAAACACGUGAUAAGCACGACUUAUUUCAAUUUGAGCAAGCAAUAUAUUCUGACGAAGAGAAAAAUUUGAAAGACCAAAUACAAAAAUUACCAAAAGGGUCCAGGAAGUGGGGGCCAAUUUUGUCUUAGUGGGGGGCGAACAAGGGGCCCUGGGGGGCCAAAUGCCCCUGCCCCGUAUAUAUGGUAAAAUAUGCCUUGCAGAGGGGCAUGUAUACGUUGUUGUAUUUUUCGCAACUACUGCUGGUUGGGUCUAAUAAAUGUAUAAAACUUACAGUCAAAAUUUCCAUGUACAAAAACCCGUCGAACAUGAAAUCAUAUAUAUAGGCAUAUAAACAACAUGUAUGUAACUAAACAGGCCGGGUUUUGCUAACGUCAAAACUCAACACAAAUCCAUAUUAUUCUAUAUGAAGUCCUAUAACAUGACUAUCUAAUGCACUAUUUAAAACUAUAAGCAGCAGUAAUAAGUUUUUAGACGUUCUCUGGUUUUCAAAUAUUUAUUAUUACGAGUUUUCGACUGCCAGUCUGCAGUCUUCAACGGGUGGAUUACAAAUUGUGGAUUGUAAUCCACCCAUUGAAGACUGCAGACUGGCAGUCGAAAGCUCGUAAUAAUAAAUAUUUAAAAACCAGAGAACGUCUAAAAACUUAUUAUGAAUAAUCCUGGUUUCGCUUCAAACAUAUUUAAAUGAGCAGCAGUGUUUUAUCAGACAUAAAGAUACGAGGCAAAGCCGAGUAUCUUUAGGUCAUAUAUAAAACACGCACUGCGAUUGUUUUAAAUUGCUUCAAAAACGAUCGAUACAUUGGCGAAGUAAUUUUCAAAAAAUACGUUGUGUAAAUCGAGAGAAUCAAAGUGAAAGUUUAUGUAUAUCAAAGAGAAUCUCUAUCACAUAUAAAGAUAUACUGCCGAUUUUUCUUUGUGUUUUCCUCAUGAAUUAUUAAUGAGUUUUUGAAAUAUAAUUUCCUGUAAGCAACCCAUGCAUGUAGAAUUUUCUAGGAAUUUUAAUUUCAUGUAAUAUUUUUUCAUCUAUACUACCUGGAAGUAAAUAAAAACAAAGGAUUCAAAUAUUAUCUGGGGAGAAUAGCAAUGAACUAUACAAUAUUUUGAAAAAUUAAUUAAUAUCUGUGUAAAAAUACUUCUGGAAAUUAACAGCAAUUGAGACCGGAAAUUGUGCAGCAAGGGCUUUAAAUAAAUACGUAAAUAUUCAUCGGGAAGAAAUAAUACCAUUUGUAACCAAAAUACUCUUGCAACACAAGUAAUACCUAUGGUACAUUCUUAGAUGCUUUGCGGGAUGGCAUGUAAGCAUAUAUAUUACUUGAUUUCAUUUUCAGCUGAUCCUGAAAGAUAAACACAUAUAAGCCCCCUAUGGACAAUUAAACGACGUGAUAUUGUAUUGUAUUGUAGUUAUUAUUCAAAGUUUGGUUUUGUUCCAGCAUCAAUAUCGCAGUCGUCAAACUCGCUCGUGUUCUGGCGGCUGGCUGAAGUUUUGAUAAAAACCACCAGAGGCAAAAUAACUUAAAGCAUUGUCGUUCUAUCGUAAUAAAUCUUUGUACCAAUACGACGAUGAAAGAUUCCCAAACAAUUUGGAAGCCUGUGUUUGUAUUGGUCUUUGUCUUAGCAUUAAUUAAGGUACGAUUGUCGAUUAUUUAGCAUAUUAUGCGAAUUCCGCGGCAAAGUUCCUCAAAUAAUACGCACGCAUGGGGUCAAAAUGUAUUGCCAAAACCAAAACGCGUUGCUUAUAAACCGAUUUGAUUUAAACUGAUAAAAAAUUAUUUAGCGAGUGAUGCUUGCAUACGUAUCAGGAUUUGUAUUCGCAGGGGGUAUAUCACGCACUUUGGAAUUGUAUUUUAUUAUUUCAGUUACGAACUUGCUAAUUUUUUGCGUACUUCGAAUCAUAUAUUAGUAUAAAUGCAAGCCAGCUGUUUGGUGGAGAUUUUUGUGUCUUAUGAGUGAGGUUUUGUAACUUGAAAUGUGCAAUUGAUAUUAAUCCAAACAAUAGAGUGUAGAAAGAAUGCUCAGUGGUAUAAUAGGAUUGGAAUUCUGUAGCUUCGAUGUAAUUAUACCGACUGCUUUAUACACACGAAUAAAAUUGGCCUCGCUUACUAACUCGGAUCAAAAGAUCAGAAAAUAAUAAAUUAAAAUCGUUGAAUUAUUUAAUAUUCAACAUAAUUUUCAUCUUCAAAUGUAUUUGUAUUAGGUUACUAUAGCCAAGGAACUUUGCCCUUGGAUUUAAUUGACUAUCGUGAAAAGACAAACGACAGGACAUCAACUGGAAUGUAUUCAACAGGUGCGUGACGAGAUCACCUUCUGGGUUUCCACGUUGUAACCUCAACACUACAACAGGCACAAGCAUAGCCGUGGUUGCGCCGAAUACCAGAAUUGGAAUUGGUUUUCCCCAUGAAGGGCAAUUUGUUUGACAUAAUCAGGCUACAGAUACAUCACUUAUGAUACCGUUAUCUGAUUGGCUAACGCUGUAUAAAACGUUUUUAUACUUGUACCGUUGUACGUCAAAUGUAUUUUGAUUGGUUGCUUAAAGUUACUGCCCAAUGAAUAUGGCGCAACUACUUUCUAUAAUUGCCUUCAUUUUGCCGUCAUAUGCAUAUCUUUUGUUUAUACUAAAAUAAAAGGUUUAUUUGUAGGCAAAAAGUUCGAUCCGUACCCGAAUCGUAACGGUGCAAGCAUGUUAAGUACUAUUUAAAAACGAGCAGGAGUGUUUUAUUAGGUUUAAAGCCACGAGCGCGCAGCGCGAGGGGCUUUAGACCUAAUAAAACACGACCUGCGAGUUUUUUAAAUGGCUUCAAAAACUCAUGAAUAAUUCAUGAGGAAAACACAAAGAGAAAUCAUGAGCGUGGCGUGUCUUUAUAUGUGAUAAAACACGCUUCAAAUUUCAACUUGUAUUUUCUCAGCUAAUACAAAGUUAUUUUGGAAAAUUAUUUCGCCAAUGCCGUGAUCUAACUGAGACGUUUUUGAAGCUGUUUAAUAAACUCGUAGUUCGUGUUUUAUCACAUAUAACUCCGCUACGCGUCGUGUUUUAUAUGUGAUAAAACACUCCUACUCGUUUAUUAAACAGUACUUCAAAAACGUUUGCAUAAUAAGUCAAAUCUUUAUAUAAAAAUCUUUAUAUAAAAAUCUUUAUAUAGUUUGCAUAACAAUGGUCUUUUGUUAAAGUGUUCUUUAGCUGGUAUAAAGACGUAUGCACGUGACUAAUUUCUUACUCAAGAUUGGAUAAUUGCUUCAUGAAUUAUUAAUGAGUUUUUGAAGUACUGUUUAAUAAACGAGCAGGAGUGUUUUAUUAGGUUUAAAGACACGAGCGCGCAGCGCGAGUGGCUUUAGACCUAAUAAAACACGACCUGCGAGUUUAUUAAUUAAACGGCUUCAAACACGACUAUACAAAUUCAAUAGAUAUACCGCCUUAUUAGUAUUCUUUAUAUAAAAAAUACUAAUGAGGACACGACAACAAUAGAUACUGCCUUAUUAGUAUUCUUUAUAUAAAGAAUACUAAUUAGGAGUGUUUUAUCAGGUUUAAAGCCACUGCACGUGACAUAUUAUAGUUGACAUAAUUUGCCAAUAAGCUUAUGAAUUAUUAAUGAGUUUUUGAAGUACUAUUUAAAAAACUCAUUAAAAAUUCAGGAGGAAAACACAAAGAAAAAUCAUAAGCGUGUCGUAUCUUUAUAUGUGAUAAAAAAUCAUGUUAAUUUACAUAAACUUUAGCUUUGAUUUUCUCGGUUUAGACAAAGUUUAUUUUAAAAAUUUCUUCGCCAAUGAACUCAUAUAAGAUGAGUCGUUUUUUAAGCCAUUUAAAGCACUUGUAGUCGUGUUUUAUCAGAUAUAAAACGCUCGGCUGCGCCUCGCGUUUUAUAUCUGAUAAAACACUCCUACGCGUACUUUAAAUAGUACAUUGCGGAUUAAAUUUUAAUCUAAGAUUACAUCUUUGCUUAGCCUUUGCCAAGUAUACGUAACCAUUUGACAGAGAUAAUAAACUACGACAAUAGUCUAGCCAAGGUACAUCGUCUGGUAUAAUAAUGGAGUGUUCUGCUUUCUUCCGGACGAAAGCCUUCGUUCGAAACAUCGAACCGAUUUUGUUUUAGUAAGUAAGAGUUUAAAAUGUCAACAGUAUAUAUAAACUAAAGCCCUGUUUAAACGGAUCCAACUUUGUUGGGCCAACAUCAUCCAACAUUGUUGAAAUAAUGGCCCAAACGGCCUCUUUUUCAAAUAUUUUUGUCAAGACUAGGUUUAGAGUUUGAGUAAAGCUUAUCUAACCAGAAAGAUUUGAAAGAGAAGCAGUCAUAUCUAUUAUAGUAACAUUGUCGGAUGAUGUUGGCCCAACAAUGUUGGAGACUAUAGCUACUAUGCUCAAAACUACCAGCACCGUGGAAUCCCAAGUUUGAGAUAAAUGUUAUACUGCGGUUUGAAGAAUGACAAAAUCGUUGAAUAAUAAAAUUAUUUUAAUCCUCAAAUAUAUUUCUAUUAGGUUACCAACAGUCAAGGAACUUUACACUUGGAUUUGGAUAGCUAUAGUGAAAAGACAAACGACUUGUCACGAACAUGUAUUAAACUAUGUGUGACGACAUCACCUUCUGGUUUUCCACGUUGCAACCUCAACACUACAACAGGCACAGGCAUAGCCGUGGUUACGCCAAGACGUAGCACUGGGAAAGGUUAUCCCCAUCCCCAAAGCUAUACAUUCAAAUUCACAGAGUGGAAGGUAGUUUCUCUUUGAACAAAUUUUAUCUGACUUUUUGUAUUUUUAAUUUUGCGAACACACUAAAAUCUACUGAAUAGAAGAUAAUUGUUUUAUCAGCGCAUUUUGUAACUAAUAUUGCGGUACUUUCUUAAGGGAUACAUUAGAUUUAUAGUGACUGACUGACUCACACAGUUUAGCCCAACCUUAAUCUUUACAUUUCAGCACAACAGUGAACUGGGUGUAACUGUGUGGAAACGUCCAUCCGGGCAGUCAUGUGACACAACAGGUCCAACCAACAGAACAAAUCAUGGUCAGGCUGGCACGAUUAUACCACGGUUAGAACAAUUCAAAACAUAUAAUAUCGUCUCCGAUAAAUGGGAACUUAAAAUAAGAACGAGAUUAGAAUGUGACAUUCCAGGAUGCCUCCUUCCUUGCGUACCUCGAGACAACAGCACGGGUCACUACACUUGUCAUGACGGCAAUAAACAAUGUCUUCCAAACUGGUUUGGUGAAAAUUGUACAAAAUUUUGUAUUAAUUUAACUUCCUCGACCUAUCAGUGCGAUAUUAAUGGCAAGAAAACCUGUUUUGAAAACUGGUUUGGUACGAACUGCUCAAAGUUUUGCGAUAACUCAUCAAAAACGUACACUUGUCACAACACGGGACAAAAACACUGUAAAACAAACUACUAUGGUGAAAAUUGUUUAACCUUUUGCAACAACAGUGCGCCAACAUAUAACUGUAACAAAAAUGGCGAGAAAAUUUGUUUCAAAAAUUGGUUUGGUGAAUAUUGUUUAACAUUUUGCAACACCACCAAAGAAAACUACCAGUGUUCGUCCAAUGGGAGCAUAAUUUGUGACAGUAAUUGGUUUGGAAACGUUUGUGACAAAUUUUGCAGCAUCAGCGCAGAAAAUUACAACAGU